AUGCUCAUGCCGAAAUGUUUUACGUUAAUUCCUGCGGAAGAUAAAAACUUAGAAAACUUAGUAAAUGAACUAUCCCAAUCUAAAAAGAGUAUCAGGAAAAUACAAAAUUAUGGGGCACUGGAAAGAAGUAGUGAAGGAAUUUCCAUUUAUGGAGAUAAUGGAAAUAUAAAAAUACAAAAGUUAAUUAUUCCAACAGAUGCUCCGAGGCAAAAUGUAAAUACAAAAAUCAAAGAAUGUAGCUUUAGGAAAAAGGAGAACAGUACUAAGAAAUAUUCUGCCAUUUUGUUUUCUAAAAACACAAAAAGUACGCUUGAUUUUAACAAAGACACUAACGAAACAAAACUCAACACCACUAAUAGUAAAUUCGACCUUUCCAAUAUAAAAGAAAAUAUGCUUUUUCAAAGAAUUUUUAAAACAAUUGAAAAGGAAAAUAUAAAAACUAAGAAUGAAAAAUUAAAAGAUAAAAGUGAAAAACUGAAACAUUUGAACCAAAAUUUUGAAAAUCAAAAUGCAAAAAGAAAAAAUCUAAAUGAGGAAAAUAAAGACCACUUAACUGAAUCAAUAAUACAGUUUAAAAAAGUUUUGAAUGAUAAGAAGAAAACAUAUUCCACUUUGAAAAUCAAAACUAGACGUUUAGAAAGGGAAAUCGAUGCGUUUACUCCUUAUCCUGACAAGGAAGAUGAAUGCUAUAACACUCACAUCAAAUGUGAAAAUGAAAAUUCUAACAGCAUUUUCAACAACAAUAUUGAUAAAAGAAAGGAAAAAAGGAGUAGGAUAAAAACAGUGAACGAAAUGGAGAACAAGGAAAAAUCACUUAUAGAUGAACAUGUAAAUGAAAAUGUAUCAAAAGAAAAGCCUUACCAAAAGAGCCAAGAAAAAUAUGCAAAAAAGACAACCCAUCGGAAGAGUAACAGUGAUAAAGAAUAUUCAUCCAUUAUAUAUAAUGGAAAUAAUUUAAUAUAUGAAAAAAGCGCAACCACUUCUCAUCUCUGUAUUAAACAUAGCAACGUACACCCUCAAAAGGUGGAUAUAAAUGAAGACACUUACCAUCAAUUUUCCAGUGCAGAUGUUAUUGGAAAUGGAACAUAUAAUAAAAGAAAAAAAGUACUACCAAAACAUGAAGAAAGAAGCAAAUGUAGUAGUACUGAUGACGAUAAGUUAGAUGAUCAAUAUUACAUACAUUCAUGUAGGAGUAAUUUUUCUGAAACAAGUUAUGAUAAUUAUACAAAGCAUAAAAACAAUUUUGGCACUAUUAAAAAAAAAGGGAAAAUGUAUGAACAGGUGAAUGAAGAAAAUACGGACAAAUGCAAAUAUAAAGACAGAAAUGGAAGAAGAAGAAGAAGAAGAAGAAAAAAAAAAAAAAAAAAAAAAAUCAUAAAUCCUAAUAACAAAAUGUUUAUUUUUAAAAAUACACUCAAUUAUAUCAAUAGGGAUAUGUUUCAAAAUAGUGAAAAAUCUAUCACAAGAGCACCAACAAAUGAGCGUGCUCAUCAUAAGUUGAAUUUAAUUCAAAAAUUAGGAGAUGAAAAUGUUUUGUAUAAAUGGGAUAGCUCCUAUUAUAAAAAAUUCCAAUACAUAGUAUUAAAAAAAAAAAGGAAAAAAAGGAACGUACGAAUUUUUUCUCAAACAAUAUAUAAUGGAAUAGGAAUAGAUAUAGGAAAGUAUACCCAUGCAACAAAAAGGGUAUUAUAUAAGAACGAUGAAAAUGCAAGAUAUAGUUUUCACAGUGAAUAUGUUAAGAGCGUAAAAGAGGAUUACCAUGACCAUUCGUCAAAUAUAUCAAUUCAAGACAUUAAAGAAAGCAAGAACAAUUUCUAUGAUAAUCAAUUUUAUCAAAAUAUGUUUACACCGUGUGAGCAUGUACUAAAGGAUCGCAAAUAUAAUGACAAUAUUAUGGAUGAAAUGAAUGCCGGUUCCUAUAAGGAUAUAAAUAAAAAUUAUCCUUUUGAAAAUGAUUUACGUAAUACGAGUAAUGAUGAUAAUUCUCCUCAUAAUAAUAACGACGUGCAUAGAGAUAGAAUAACCACAAAUGAUCAAACGGAUGACAAAACACAUGAUCAAAGGGAUGACAAAAUACAUGAUCAAACGGAUGACAAAACACAUGAUCAAAGGGAUGACAAAACACAUGAUCAAAGGGAUGACAAAACACAUGAUCAAAGGGAUGACAAAACACAUGAUCAAAGGGAUGACAAAACACAUGAUCAAAGGGAUGACAAAACACAUGAUCAAAGGGAUGAAAAAACACAUGAUCAAAGGGAUGACAAAACACAUGAUCAAAGGGAUGAAAAAACACAUGAUCAAAAGCAUGAUGAAGUAUAUGAAAAUAAAGUCCAAAUGCACAUAUCAAAAAAUGAGGAGGACGUAAACAUUACAUGUGUUGACACUAAAAAUAAAAAAAAUAUUAGGGAGAAUAAAAUAAAUUAUUCAGAUGGGAUAAUUAAAAAGGAAUUGUCUUCAUCAAACUGUGCAUUAAAAAAGGAUGCAAAAAUAAAUAACUCGAACGGCGAAAUUUCAAAUUUGUUUAAUUCGAUUAUGUUAAACAAUGUCAUGGAUGACAAUGUGAAAAAAAGUUACACCAUAAGUAACGCCCCUUGUGCUGAAACAUGUGAGAAGUUAAAAGGGAGUAAAACAUUCUAUACAAAGAAUAGCACAAUGAAAGAAAACUGUUUAAAUAAUCUAUUGAAUGCUUCUAACACAGUUAUGCUUAAUGAGAAAAAGUUCGAUUCACAUAGGAGGGAAAGCAUAGAGUCUAUAAAGGAGCACAAACGUUAUGCUCAUUACUUAAGCAAUGACAUGCACAAUGAUUCGAAUAGAGAUAUGCACAAUUAUGAGCACGACAAUAAUGAAGGGAACAAACAUAUUCUCUUGGAAAUUCUAUCCUUUUACCAUAGAUGUAAAUAUAAACUAAAUUUUCUACUUUUGGAGGAAUAUAAUUACUUAAAUAGCAUGAGAGACUACCUUAGAAAAAACAUUAAUACAGAUGUAAAAAUGAAAAUUGACGAUACAACUAAGGAAGGUUUUACACAAGAGUGUGACGGAGAUGACAAAAUUUUAAUUAACGAACUUUUGUACCAGAUAAAUGGAUGCAUGUCAGAAGGAAAUAAGUUAUAUGAUUCACAUGAUGAGGGAGAUGUUUUGACAAAUAAGAUUAGAAAAAAUGGUGGCAAAGAAUGCAAAGAACAUAUUUUUCAUGAAAUACAUAAGGACAAAACGAAUUUGCAUAAAAUUUGUAUUCAAACAGAUAAAAGAAUCAAAAGAAUUGAAGAUUAUUUAAAUAAAACAAAGAAAGGACAUUUAGAAAAAAAAAGUGGAAUGGUUCUGAAAAACGAAAUCCCAUUUGCGAAAAGUACAUCAAAUGGUUGUAUGAAAAAGAAGGGGGUGCAAUUUUUCAAAGGAAAUUCUAUAAAUAAUACUGAUUAUCCUUUUCGACACGGACACAUUACUAAUUUUAUCAGAAAUGAGGGAGAAAAGAAUGAUAUUAUAAGAAAAAAAAAAAACAAAUUCCUUCAUCGUGGGUACUCAAUAUUGACAAAUUCAUUAAACAAAAAGGCAUUUAUUUCUAGUAUAGCAAGGAAUAAAAUACGUGUGAGAAAAAGUGGAAGUUUCAAAAAUCACCAUUCUGGAGAAAUAUAUUUAAAAUACAAAUCUGCAUAUCUUAUGAAACUGUCUAAAUAUUUUUUGCAAAAUUCUAGACAAUUGUAUACGAAAUAUAGUAUAUCCCCGAAUUAUCUUUUAAGGAACCUAGAAUAUGCAUCAACAAACAUUUUUCACUUUUAUAAUAAAAAAAAAUUGCAUUUGAAAAGGUUCUUUGAUUUUUUUUCCUACAACAAGCAUGUAUCCUAUAUGAAAACCCAUACAUGUUAUUACGACAUUUUGUAUGACAAAAAAAAAGGUGAUUUUUGUAAAAAAUUUAAAAAUUCAUCUCAGUUAUUUAUAAAGCCAUAUUAUGAACAAGAAGAUAAAUUUGAUCAAAAUGCAAAUAAAAAAUAUUUACAUUUUAUAGACGAUAAUGGAAUUACAAAAAAUAAUAGCUCAAAUAAAAAUAUUCACGUUGAUAAAAAAAAAAAAACGAGAAAAAAUUUAAAUCGUAACACCUCACAGGAUGCUCAUAAUAUGUAUGUAACAAGAACAAACUCUGAAUUUAGUAAUUCCAGUGAUAGUGCUUAUUGUGAAGAUGAUUGUUUUUCCCCUACCAAAGUAAGUACAGAUAUGGAGAUUAAGCAUUAUAAUAAUAAUAUAUCUUGCACUGUAGAUAAAGACAAUACUAAGAAAAUGAAUGAUAAUAUUACUUUCGCAAAUUUGAGAUCAAAUCAGGAUAAUAAUCCUAGCGUAUGUAACAGUAUGAGCAGAGGAAAAUGCAGUUGGAGUGGAAAAAUUACAUAUGAUAAUAGUACAUACAUAUUGGGAAACUCUAAAUACACGAAUACCCAAUCAGAAUAUAAUAUACCAAAGAAAGGAAAAAAUAGACAUCAUAAAAAUAUUUGUAUUAAUAACAUUACUGAUAAUACCAAAAUGUAUUUAAACAAGGAAAACCCGUAUUUCAAGAAUCUUAAUUUGGUAAAUGAAAAGGAAAAAUAUGAACAUAUAUAUGAUGAUACUACACGAAUAAAAAGCUUUAUUCACUCCUCUAAAUGUAUAAAUUCAUUGGAUAUUAUAAACGAUUUUACUUUAAAUGAUAAUAAUGCUCCUGAGGAAAACAAAUUUUUUACAAAUUUUGAUAUAAAACCAAACAAUCACAUAGAAGAUACAAAAGAGAAGAACUUCCAAAUACAGGAUAAGACCGAGCAUAUUGUAAAUUCUAUCAGAUUAAAACACACGAAUAAUUAUUUUAAUAUGUAUAAUAAAGGAAAAAACGAGGGGAGGAAGCAUUCAGAAAACUUCGAUCUACACAAUGAUUUAGACAAUUCAUCUAUGAAUAGUAAAAGAAUAUACAAAAUAGAUCAUAUAGCGCGAAAAGAAUGCUGCAUUAAUAUUUACGAGAAUAAUUAUGAUGCAGAUGACAGUGCAAAGAGAAGAAAAAAUAUGGAUCAGCUGAAUUGCUCAUAUGAUAAAAUAGUAAAUUCACUUUGUAAUAGCAGAGGAAUGAUGGUGCAAAGGAAUUUUGAAACUGGGAAAAAUUGUAAAAAACGUGAAAAAAGUGAAAAUCAAGGAGAAAGCAAAAAAUACGAAAAAAGUGAAAAUCAUGAAGAAAGCGAAGAACAGGAAAAAAAAGCAAAAGUAGAAGAACAUGAAGCAGGCAAAAAUGGAAAUCACAAAUUGUUCAAACCAUGGAUAGACAAUUUUAAUGAAUAUGGUGAACACAGUAUGGGUAGCAAUGAUAUACGAAGAUGUAAUGACAAACACAGAAUAGAAGAAAAAAAGGUUAAUAACAUACAGUGUAAGAAGUUUAAUACACUGGAACUGGAUAACACUGCAACUGAUGAUUCAUUGAAUAGCUGUGCUAUGUAUGUAAUCACCAAUAAUUACGAUUAUUCAUGUAACAAAGGAGAAAAAUUAAAAAAAACCAAACAGUGCAAUACAAAUACUCUAUAUAAUGAGACAGUAACAAAUGAAAAUGAUAUUGCACAGGAAAACGCAACAUGGAUAGAAAAGGAAACACGAAAAGGUAACCCAUUACAAAAAAAGUUCAUAUCUGGAAGGAUACAUAACAUGCAAAUUCAAGAAAUAGAAAAAGACCAUAAUGAUUAUUUGAGGAAAAGUGAAAAUAUAGUAUCUUCCAUGGAACUUUCCACACCAAACGUUGAAGGCCACGUAUUGCGUAACACAGCAUUGGAUGAAAUAAAUUUUAAUCAUGAAAAAGAAAACUGUGAUAAAAAUGAACAUUUAAAUUUUAUAAAAAAUGAAAAUUAUAAUUCCUAUUGUGACAUGAUGGACACAUUAGGCAAUAUGGUGAAAGAAGAAAAUUAUGAAAUGUUCAACGAGCACAAGAGUGAUAGUGAAAAAGAGUUAACUAAAAGAGAUAAAAAUCUAAAAACAUAUGAUUAUAAUUUAGAUGAACAAACAUGUUUUUCUAAUUUUUUAAGCGCAAACACAGAGGGAAAUUACUUUGGGAUUCCACAAGAUAAAAAACACAACUUAAGAAAAUUAAAAUGUGACAUCAGCGAACUCCUAUAUACAGACACAUCUCCCCUUUGUAGUCUACACAUAAAUGAUCUCCAAAAAAGUGAGAGUGAUGAAAAAGAAUAUAUUAAAAAAAAAAGAGAUAUCUCACAUGCAUACAAGAAUAAGGGUAGUUGCAAGACUCUCAGCAAUGAUGACAACACAACUCAUACGAAGUAUAAGGGGAAAAUAAACAGUUUUAAUAAAAACCAUUUUAAAUAUCUUUUGAGUAAUAAUGAGCUUUCACAUAAUUUUAAUUUAACAAAUGAAAAUUGGAACUUAAGCGAAAAGAGUAAUUCAAAUUAUGUCUCACAUAAAAUUGUAAACACAAAAAAGUUAGAUCAAAUUAUUGAGAAAAUACGAAAAUGGAAUGAAUACAUAUCAAAUAAUGUUAAUUAUAUACAAUGUGCAUUCUGUGAUAAAUACUUAUUCAAAUUAGAAAAUUACACCUAUAGUGACAUUUUAAAUUUAUCAAAAAAUGAAUCUAUCAUGAAAGAAAAAUACACAUGUUCUAUAUGCAAACAUAAAAUAAAAAUGCUAAAUAAAUACAAUAAUGAUUUAAAAUUCAGAAUGGAGAAAAGUAAAAAAAAUAGGGAAGGUUUUGAAGAUGAAUUAAAUGAUAGUAAAAAAGAUAUCCAUAAUUAUAAGGAAAAUUGUAUAAUAGAAUAUUUAAAAAAGGAAAAUUUAGAUAAUUCAUCUAAAACCAAUUGUUCUGGAACCAACACACUUAUCAAUCCUAUCCAAAAAAACGAAUCAUUGAACAAUAAUAUUGUUCAAAAGGUCGAAAUCCCUAAUAGAAGAAAUGAAAGUGAGAUUUUCUAUUUUCCCACUAACUGCAACAAUGAUUAUAUUCCCUGUUCUCUUAAGAGUGACUCGGAGAAAGAUGAAUCAUUAUUUCAAAAUAGAAAUUUAUGUGAUUCUGGAAAUUUUACCAUUUUUUAUGAUACAACUAGCAAUGGAAAACAUGAUAACAACAUGAAUUCAAGUUUAUUACAUUUCCCCAAUGUAUAUUCCACCAGCAGCAUUGCCAAUAGGAGUACUAACGACAAUAGUGAAGAUGUACUAAAUGAAAAAGGAGAGAACGACAUAAAAUGUGAUUCCAUUACAGGAUAUCCCACUAAUAAUAAUAUUAACGAUAGAAUGAGUUAUCCCCAAGUGGAGGAGAACAAAAACCAUUUAAAGAGUAUAACAGAACUUAAGAAUGCGUUCUGUAACUAUAAAAAUGUUGCAAAUAACGGAAGUAGUAACUGUAGUAGGAGAAGAAUGUGUGAUAUGUAUUAUCUUGGUACUGACCACAUGAUAUCAAACGUAAGAAAUAAUCCUUCUUUAAACAAAAAUGACGUACAUUAUAUAUAUGACAACAAUGAUAUUUUUAAUGUAAACACAAAUGAGCAUAAUUUCAGAACAGAUUAUAACAAAAUAAUCUCAAAAGAAGCAAUUGGAGAUCAUAUGGAUAAAUCGUUCCUAAACGUUUUUAAUACGAAUUCAGAAGAUAACGAAAUGGUAGAACAAGAAAGAGGUAAAUUAUGUACCUUGAAUGAGAUUCCAGAUCAUAAAUUUGAACAUAUAUAUAAUUCACAUAUGGCUAGGAUGAAACAAACGAGCAAGGUGAUAUAUGACAGGGAGAACACAAAUGAAAAUAGAGAUAAAACAAAGGAUGAAAAUUGUACUAACGAUAAAGGUUCAAAUGUGGAAAAAAAAAAAAAAAAAAAAAGAGACAAAAUUAAGAGGCAUGAGAAAGAAGUUAUGUGA